UUGCUCUGGUUACUUGACAUGGCAGCAAAGGUCGCGGGUUCAACCAUUAAAGAUGAUGUACAUAUUUUCAACUGCUUUUUUUAUUCGGACCUUAUGGAAAAGGUGAAAAACAAUGAUCUACACAGUCUCAAAAAAUGGGGCUCGAAAAUCGACAUCUUUAAAAAGAAGUACCUUGUUAUUCCAGUAAAUGAAAGCUACCAUUGGUUUUUAAUGAUUGUCUUUAAUGUUGACCAAUGUAUAGCUCGUUCAGAAUGUGACAGAGUGCCACAUAUAUAUAUGUUAGACUCGAUGGGAGGUAAACGAAGUCAUUGCCAAAAGUCUCUAGCAAAAUACAUAGCACAUGAGGCUCAGAGUAAACAUGGAGUACCAGAAUCCGACUUUCUUGCUCCUCGACGUUCAUCUCCGAAAGUCCCAAUGCAAAACAACGGCAGCGAUUGUGGACUCUAUCUUAUUCACUUUGUUGAAAUAUUUUUGAAAGACCCACAGAGGUGUCAAAAUCUACUUGAUGCAAAAUACUGCGACAACGAAGGGUGGGAGACCAAAAGAAUAAGAAUGAAAAGAAAGGAGCUAAAACGCAUUAUCAAAAACCUCCAGGUGUAAUGUAGCUAUGAUAUCUAUGUCUUAAAAAUCGAGACAAUAAAUAACUUAAUGCUAUUUAUUGCUAUAAGAAAAUUUCAGUUAAAUCG